AGUUCGGUGCCCUUCCCUAACUCCCCGCCCUCCCCUUUCAACUACACCGGGGACUUGAUCAUCUUUCUCUCUAAAUCCCCGCCUCUACCAGUCUCUGCCCUAUCGUGCCGCACAACUUGUAAGCUGUAUGAAGACUUUCCUCGGGAAAUGGAGAACAGCACUCCCGGGCCAACAGGCGCGUCGACUCGGAAGCGGAAGCGUAUCCCGAUUGCUUGCAGCUCCUGCCGUGCUCGGAAGUCGAGGUGUGAUGGUGUUAGGCCUCAGUGCUCCGCUUGCGUCGAACAAGGUAUCGAAUGUAUCUACGCAGCCAACUCUGGUGGGAGCAAUGCGCUGGUACCGAAACAAUAUCUCGAACAAGUUGAACACCGCUUAGCCGAUGUCGAAGAAGAAAUCAGUCGGCUGAAAAGACUUAUACCCGCCUCGUUUCUACAAGGAAAGCAACACGUCCUCUUUCCACGUAGUGUUUCUGGCCGUACCGACGACAUUUCGGAAGUCAACUACCCCGAGGAGUCACUGAAUGUUGAGGAUGGAAGCGUCACGCAGGGGAUCACCCCCGACGCGACAGACGGUGUUGGUACUAUUGAAUUUACCACAGACGAGUCUUGGGCGUAUUUCGGUAUGACACAAUAA